AUGGUGAUCGACGAUCCUCCGGAACUCCUAGAUCAUAGCCGGCCACACGAAAUUGACGAUGAUAGACACAAAGGCCAUCAUCGACCUGCUCACGAAACCAACCAAGUCCACGAAGCUGACGACGAUGACAGCGAAAGCGAAGAAUUGGACAUGAUCUACGGAACUGCAGCACCGAUUCGAAUAGAUCACAGGCUAGAAGAAGCACGAAAACGUCAUUCAAAACGUAAAUGUAAAGGUUGGUGCUACCGUGGAGGGAAUUGUACUGUCGAUAUAGAUGAAGUCACUUAUGAAGUACGCUCUGUGAACUGCCAUUGCCCACACGGUUAUUGGGGCAGCCGAUGUGAGCUGCACUUUGUGGCGCGUCUCUUCGCUCCAGUCAAGGGACACGUUGAAGUGGAAAAGUCAGGUGUCUCGGCGUUCGCAUUUAUCAUUCUCAUGCUGAUCGUCUCCAUUGGACUGAUUUUCUAUUCGUACAGGAAGAUAGUUCGCCGUAAUGCGGCAUUUGAUUCGCCCACGCUUCUUUCCCUUAAUCAUCAUCUACGACGUCCGACUGUCUCGUUUCAAGCAAUGCCCGCAUCCAUCAACACUACGCCCUCUAGCAGUACAACCUACAGUACUCGAACUACCGUACCACCAUGUCGUGCACCUUUUUCUCCGUUCUCAAGAAGCUACAGCCAUAUAGUCGGAAAUUCUCGUAACUUAGCCAGAUUCACUCCCUUACACUAA